UUGUACGUUCAUUUACGAUCCCCAGGUACGGUCACGAAUAUCGUGUUGGAUCGCAAGGGUGAAAAGAGGGGAGAAGAGAUAGAAAGAGAAAGUCUGGUUAAUUGACAGAUCACAAAGUCCUCCGUGUAGACGGUUGUUUCAUUGAAAGCUAAGACGGGAUGAGAGAAAAUUAUAGAUGGAAUAGCAGAGCAAGGGAAAGAAAAUAGACGCAAAGGGGUGGAGUGUAGAUGGACAUAGGCACACUGGCAGCCCUGCCGCCUGCCUUCCACGGCCGAGCAGAUCUUGGGGCUUGUACGGGAUGAUAGCCGAGUGAAAAAGCUCGCGGAGUCCCGUGAAAUUCGCUCAUCAGCAGCAGCAGCCCUGGCCUGCCACAAUCCCUUCGACUCGGUUAUCGUAAGUGUCGUGCAACCCCGCGAAAGAAACGAAAGCGAGACAGAGACCGUGAUUUACAAAAAAGAAAGGAACGAAAGAUUGUGUAAGAUCGUAUGAUAGAAAGGGAGAAAAGGAAAGGUUUGUUAGUUUCGACUGAGGAAAGAAGUAACCGGGGUGCGAGAGAGGGUGAGAAAGCGAAUGAGCGGAAGGGUAUGCCUGGGUAAUGUGUCUGCGCGUGAGAGAAAUGAGAAGAAAGAAAAUCUAUCGCUCUAGUACACGUUGCGAGUGUUCAACCUGUAAAAAGUGUCGGAACAGAAGGUUUCCCUCGAGGAUUGAUAAAUGUCACUGGAAAAUUUCACCCUUCGGUGUAAGGUAAAUCGUUUCUCGCGGUAUCGUCGCAACUACGAGAAAGAAAUAUUUCACGUAAACGAGGAAAGGAAUAAGGGAGAAAAUAUUUGGCAGAGGAUUCGAAGAUUGUCAAUGAAGAGAAAAAGCAGAAAGGGGUGAACGGUGGACGGUGGCACGGUUAAUCGUUGCAUCCAUAUAUCUCUGAUGGAACUCCUGAAGAAAGGGUUGCUUGUGUCGCUGUUGCUGUUACUCGUGGGUGAUAGCGAUAGGCAGUUGAUAGUGAUACACAGUGGUUGCACUACGUAUCGCCGUGCAGUGGUGUCCCGUGCGCACCGGGUGUAUAUGUAUACUACGUACCAUUAGUAGUGAGAUCAAUAAGCAGUGCCGUGCCACUCGACCCGUGCCCACGAACGGAAACUCAUUCUGGAAUAUCUCCUUCCUUUUCUGCCUUUCGUUUCGAACACUGCGAGCACCCCUUCUUUUUUCAACCGGAAUGUCGCAAGGUCACUUUCAUUUGUUUCUUUUCUGAAUUUUUCAUCGUCUCUCGACCAACCACGAAAACCGAGUGUCUUCUUCUUUGAACAGCCAGGCCAUUGGUCCGUUCUUUCGGUGUUGUUCCUUACGCGUGUAUACCGGUGUCUUUUCCUUUCUUUCGCUGUAAAUCGACAAUUGUUCCGUUCGUUCGUUGUUGGAUUAAUCGGUACGUUUCAGUUUCAUCCCUUAACAGUAGCAAGCCUUUUAAUUUUUAUUCUUUUGAAGAAUCGCUCGGCUGAAACCUUGAGCUUUGUCGUUUUCGGUUAUAAUGGACACUUGUGUGUCAUCAGCAAGCUGAAAAACACUUUUGUAAUAGCGCACGUUCAGCCUGUAGAUCGUACCGUCUGAUCGCUAUAACGGAGGAGUAAUAUUUCGACCUUAUUCAAAGUUAAAAUUUCAUUUUAUUGUGUGAAAUAAUAGUAGAAUAUAUUGAAUCGAAAGGGAAGAAAAUGUUCUUCAAUUUCUUACGUAUCAUAGAUAGAUGUCGUUGGCUAGAUCUUACUUGCGCCUGAAAUUCUUCACCGGAUUAAGAUGUCUCGUCUGACGGUGAUUAGAUCGCGACACGAUUAAACUACUGCAAUCGUGAGAUUAAUAAAUCUCCGGUUGAAAAUUCAAUAACACUUUUUAAUCAACAGAGAUGCUGGAACUCUGUUAUUCAAGGAUAUCGUAAUUAAAACGAAACACAUUGACGGAUAAAAAUAUUUUUAACAAGUUCUCUUGUAUUAUCGGUUCACGAUAAUACUUGGUCGUCUUGUCAGCAAAAUUUAAGCCCCUACCAGCAUAUUUCUCGGCAAUGAUGUAAGAAAGAAACCUAUUAGACUGCUUAAACGAAGCGGUUCGGGGUACCAAUGUUGAUCAUUAAUUUCAAACGAGUUGUCUUAGCUUUGAACGCUGCGUUUGAAAAAUUCAUGAAAGAAAGAAGGUAAGGGAAGAUUCUGAGGAUAACUUAGCCGAGCGGUUUCUCGAAGGAGAUCUUUGUUUCUCGAGAAAUAUUUUCCGUCGACGCGAGGAUAAUAAUUGAACGCAUCGAUAAACCCGAUAAAAAUAUGACGCUCAAGUGUAAAGUGUUGAACGGAACGAAGGUCGACUUUCGAUCGUGUCCGGUGUAUUUCAAUCGGAACUUGCCCGAAGAACCUGUUGCCAGUAAUCCGAUCGAUUAAAUUUCUCUCAUUUAACAACGGGAUGAUCGUUAAUUCAGAAUAUCCAGCUCGUCGUUUACACGUGUACACGUUUGUUUGAAAAAGAUUGCUUUCACGCAACUGCCACCCUCCACGUGUCGUUUAUCAGGUAAAUCGUUGCGACGUUACCGUGCGAUACGCGACGUGUGUGACGCGUUGAUUUCACGAGCAGACGCAAUCCGAUUCUUCGAUAAGAAACAAAUCGAAGUUGUAAAAUAUAUUUCGCUUACACGAUGCGAAAAUGAUUUCAAAACCCGUAUGAUAAUCACGAUUUAUCUCGUCCCGCACUCUGUACAAUAAUUUCCUUUUAAUCCUCUGUACAUUAACGCAUAGACGUCACCUGCAAUCUUAUCUCUGCGAUAAGAAUCAUUUAAAUUUAUGUAAACUGAUAUCGACACCAUCGGUGAUCGAUGCGAAAAAUUCGAAAUUACAAGGAAAGGGUGAUCAACCCUUUCUGGAUUACAAGGGUCCUAAACUUCAAGCGCGUGGAACUAAAUUUGGAAAUAGGAAGAAGGGUUAAUUGCAAGGAUCAGCGGUUCCAAUGAACAGAGGAUUGAAUGCGAAUAAUAAAGCAAUAAUUUUAUUUAAUCACGGCUAUAGGUACAAAGAAAGCGAUUAUUUACAGUUGAUUUACACGUUAGGAAUAGGGGGUAGGUUAUCGUAGGGAGGAAAGAAAAAGGGUUCCUUUUCGCACUCAGAGAGAAUCGCACAGCUAAUCGUGGGAUCGUCGUGUGCAGCCUGGCAGGCCCCGCAAAAGCCGCCAAUUAAUUAAGAUAGCUCCUAGAUACACGGUAGAUCGAUAGGGACUGGCCGUGAUAAAGACGGGCGAGGGUUUCAGACCUCAGGGAUGUUGCAGUGCUGUGGUGUUGGAGGUGGCGCUUCCACGGCACCUCAGGCUCCGCAGCUGCAGGAUACCGGAUCUGCUGUCGGGACUACCACCUCCACGAAUACCACCAUCAUGCAGGACCCGGUACUUGAGUCUAUCCUCGAGCAAAUGCGUGAAACGGAGGCCCGAAAAGCGGACCUGGAACGGCAACAUGCAGAGACACAGAAUCAGCUACACGAAAAGAUAGCAGGCCGAUAUCAGGGUCCAGAAUCUGUCGAGGCACUGCAGUCGAAGAUAAGGGAACUGGAGAAGAAGACGGAACUGCAGAUGGUCAGACACGAGGAAUUAUCUCUGGAGUUGACGAGCUUGAGAAGAGCGCGUAGCAGAGGACCGAUGGGUCACUCGACGGUUCCGACUACUUGGCCUCCGGCUGGUUCGGAAAUCGACAGAAUAAUAGCGAAAAUAGAACAAGAUAAAAGCGCUAGCAGGAUGGUACACGAUUUGGACCAUGCACGAGUAACCAUAACCACGCAACAACCCUUAGUUUCGCAGGGUAUUUUGCGAUCAAGCUCGGAGAAUCUUCCGAAUCUCGGUCAACAUCAACAUCCACCCCAUCCGCAUGCUUUGAGCCUGGGAAUACCGACUCAAAUGAGUCACUACGCAGGUUCACCGAUGCCCCUGACUCCGAUGAUGCCCGGGUGUCCACCGUUAACACCUAACGGACCUCCGUAUCACUACAGCGAACCGAUUCCACCGGCGCCGUCACUUUCUACAAGCCAGUCGCAGCCAGUUUUCCAACAAAAGAUUCAGCAGUACCAGCAGCCCCAAGUAACUCACACGGAGUUGCCGAGCUCUCAUUCUCAAACCGCUCUGCAAACGCAGCAGAAGCAACAACAAACGCACACCCAUUUCACGGGCAGUCAGUACCAGGAGAGUUAUCCCCAUACGCAAACCUAUCAACAGCCGCUCCAGCAGCAACAACCGCAACCGCAGCAACAUCCGGCCUCUACAACGUACCUGACAUCGUCGAGUCAAAGCGUGAUACCUCAUUACACGCAGCCCGCUCAGACCGCCCAAAGUUUUCAAUUGAACGGAAGUCAACAGGCAACGACGUAUCCAAGUUUGUCCAUUACGUCCCAUCCGAACGGAACCUACAGUACAGGAGCGGGUAGCAGCUACUCCAGUCAACUGUCUCAUCAUAAUUACUCUGUACCGCAAACUAGCAUCCCUCAAACGACGCUGUCGUCGUUGCCACCCUAUUCGACUAGCUCCUAUCAUUCUACCUUGGGCCCGCUUACUAGCGUACCCCAAACCGUUCUUCCUUUCUCGAACGUGCAGAGCUGUUUUGCCACUAGUGGAUCGACUUACUCGACCGUCGGGACCAAUGCUUUUGGAACGUCUGGCGUGGGCUCAGGUACAACAUCGACAGGCUUGUUGCAAGCGAUAAGCGAUCCUCUCCAAGCGAUGCAACAAUUAUCCGCGCAGUCUCAAGCGAAUCAACUUCAACAGCAGGCAAUCAUUCAACAGAUUCAGCAAAGUUUACGCGCCACCUCGCCAACAGCAACGGCAACGACCGGUCAUCAUUUUCUUGGUCCAAGGCAGAUGCCAAAAAUACCGAGUAGUAUACUAUCGAAUCCCUUGGAUCGACUGACCAAUGACAAUAUCGUACCCGAGGGUCAAGUGGACAUGUUGGACAUACCCGGGAAGGGAAGAUGUUACGUUUAUAUAGCACGUUUCACUUACGAGCCGUUUCAACACUCGCCGAACGAGAACCCGGAAGCCGAGCUGCCUGUCCAGGGUGGCGAUUAUCUUCUUGUCUGGGGACAACCGGACGAAGAUGGUUUCCUCGACGCGGAGACCCUCGAUGGUAGACGAGGCCUCGUUCCGGCUAAUUUCGUUCAGAAACUCGUCGGCGACGAUCUACUCGAGUUUCAUCAAGCUGUACUUGGCCUCAGGGACGUCGACGACUCUGCAUCAACAAAUAUCCCCCAAUGCUAUCUGCAGGACAUCGAUCUUGAGUUAGCAGCUCUGGAAGAAGGAAACCGGAAUCGACAGGCGGAACUGUCCGCGUACGCGGAAUUGGAUAACAUCGCCGAGGAAGACGAACAGGAACCACCAGAAGUCUACCUGUUUUCGGACCUAGUUCCGGCGCCGCAGCACCUGACGCUCGAGCGGCAGCUGAACAAGAGCGUCCUAAUCGGUUGGACGGCGCCUGAGAACACACAUCAGCUGGAAUCUUAUCACGUCUACGUGGACGGGGUGCUGAAGGUUACCGUGAAAGCAACCGAGAGGACCAGGGCGUUGGUCGAAGGGGUUGAUUCUACCAGGCCGCACAGAAUAAGCGUGCGUUCAGUGACACACUCGAGGAGAACGUCGCGCGAUGCGGCAUGCACGAUGGUGAUCGGUAAGGACGUCGCAUUGGGUCCGACCGCGGUGAAGGCAUCGAACGUAACCGCGACCAGUGCUGUCAUAUCCUGGAUGCCAAGUAACAGCAAUCAUCAGCACGUGGUCUGCGUGAACAAUGUGGAAGUACGAACAGUGAAGCCUGGAGUUUAUAGGCAUACGAUCACCGGCCUUGCACCCUCCACGAUCUACAGGGUGACAGUGAAGGCGAAGAAUCUUAGAGCGACGCAUUUCGAGGACCAAAACACUCAAGCGGCUAAUAAUUUAGCUUGUCACGUCCACUUUAAAACGUUACCCAAGGGACUACCCGAUCCUCCGGUCGAUAUCCAGGUGGAGGCUGGACCGCAGGACGGCACUUUGCUAGUGACCUGGCAGCCUGUUGCCCUAAACGGUUCGGCCGUCACCGGUUACGCGGUGUACGCCGAUGGGAAAAAGGUCACGGACGUAGACAGCCCCACCGGUGACCACGCUCUGGUCGACAUACACAAGCUUAUGGGACUGAAUCCGAAGCACAUCACGGUUAGAACCAAAAGCAGGGAAAGUCAGUCGGGCGAUAGUUGCGCCACUGCUAUUCCCUGCAGCGUUCUUCGCGGUGGGACCACAACCCAUUUGCAGCAUGGAUCGACGCACAUGCAAGAUCAAGGACAGCAACAGCCGGGCAUGGGACAACAGGACCCGCAUCGCAUGACUGGGGUAGAUCAGAGAUACCCAACGGCUCCUGUACCUUCUCAUAUGAGGAGACACGGUGGUACCAGGGUCGACGCUCACGGCCAAGUGAUCAUCGAAACGGACGAAAAUUUGUCUGACAAAGAAAUAUAUCCUGGACAGAGCAUGUCCCAGAUGGGGGUUCCAGAGAUCACCAAGGAUUCCGCCAGCGAAGCGAAUUACAGCGAAGAAGACGAUCCAUCCCGUAGAUGUAGAGGGAUGCCGAUGCAUUACGGUGAACAACAUCGGUACGGACAAAUGGGACAGCAAGGACUUCCAGGGACGCAUAGAUCAGGAAGAAUGUCUGGUCCCGGUGGUAGACCACAAGAUCCUUAUUACGACCAAUCAGGAAACCAGAGAGGUAGAGCUCCCAGCUACCACCGCGGUGGACGAGGGACACAAGCUCAGGGUGGCGCGGGGCACCCAUCGAGCAGUGCUCAGCAAAUGAACAAGAGAACGCGCUGGUUUGUUGCCAUCUACGAUUACGAUCCCAAAACUAUGUCGCCAAACCCGGACGCCUGCGAAGAGGAAUUACCGUUCUCCAAAGGAGACACCAUCAAGGUGUACGGUGAAAAAGACGCAGAUGGAUUCUACUGGGGUGAAUGUCACGGUAGACGGGGAUACGUUCCUCACAACAUGGUUGAAGAAAUCAAAGAUCAGAAUCAACCUGGACAGGGUCAACCUGGGAGAAGAGGAAGAUGGGGAGAUAUUUAUGCGAAUAUGCCUGUGAAGAAGAUGAUAGCGCUCUACGAUUACGAUCCCCACGAAUUAUCUCCGAAUGUUGAUUCUCAAGUCGAGUUGGCAUUUCAAACCGGAAACGAGAUCUACGUGUACGGCGAACUGGGCGAGGAUGGAUUCUAUAUGGGCGAACUGAACGGAGUUCGCGGGUUAGUUCCGAGUAACUUCCUAACCGAAGCGCGUGAUCAACCGCCCCAAGGGCAACUUCCACCAGGGAGCAGAAGAGCACCUGGUCAAAGUCAAGGACCCGGUGUGAGAGGACCGCCUCCCCCGCCUCGAGAACCUCCUCCACCCGGUCAUCGACGAGGCAAAGAUGCCUGCAUUGUGCCUGUGUCUGUCCCUGUCUGUCACUUAGACUCUAGACAACAACAACAACAACAACAACCAUCACUAAUGAACAACCAACAACAUGAACUCCAACAUCAACAAAACAAUCCACCGCAUCUAGCGUACCAACAAGCGAAUCACCACAGCUACACAACUGUAACCACGUCCAAUCAGCAUGGGCCCACACCCAUGGGUGUCCAUCAACAAGGUCCCGUACCGCCCCACCUUCAACAACAGGGGAAGGGGAGGGGAGGCGUGAUCAAUCGUCGUAGUAAUGUACCAGGAGGAAUGCAGGGUCCUGGACAGCAUAUGCAGCAACAACAGCAAGACUACCAGCAACAGAAUCAACCGUAUCAACAGCAACAGGCUAAUCAACAGAAUCAAAGUUACCAGCAACAGAAUCAAGGAUACCAGCAACAAGGUACUGGAUUCGGACCGCAGGGUCAACAAUUCCAACAGCAACAACCUCAGCAGCCGCAGCAGCAGCAACAGCAACAGCCGCAACAGCAACAGAAUCAACCGUACUCGCAACAGAAUCAAGGUUCCUCGAUGCAGGGUAGUCAGAGUACCAACAAACCGAUGAGAGGAAUACCGACUGUGUUGCCUACGCCACAGGCAAAGACGCAACCGAACGCGACCCAGGGCCAGCAGCAACAGCAACCACAGCAGCAGCAGCAGAGCACAGGGCCGAAUCUGAUGCAGAAGUUCACGGAGAUGGCCGGUGCUAGUGCUGGCGGCGAUAUAUUGUCCAAAGGGAAAGAACUUAUUUUCAUGAAGUUUGGUCUAGGCAAGUGAGCUACCCUAGCUCUCAUCCUGUCGCCAGCUUCUUAUCCGUUUCUCUCCUAUCGCGUUAUCCUGGCUCUUUCGUCUCCUCGCCGAGAGCCUUCUAAAUCAGUAUUACGAUGAACCGUGGAGGCAGGAACAUACGAACGCGCUCUCCUUCGAUCGAGUAUUCGCUAAUAUCCCUGAACGAUAUACGUAAUCCGCGAAUGUGUGCUACCAUUGCUGCUGCUGCUGUUGUUGCUGGUACGACUGUGCGUUAUUUGAUUCGCAAAUCUUCGUAUCUUCCUCGAUCGAGAGUCCAUGUGUUUUGCGGAGUAGAACGGAGAAAAAGGGUGUUAGAGUUUUUCUAACGAGUGAGAAGUUCGUUAGGGAUCAGGGUGUUAUAAAGAAACAAUCUUUGUUGAACUAGGUUCAAUUCUCUUCUUUCGAUUAUUCAUCGUCUUCUUCUUCUUUUUUUUUUAUUUCCACCUAAUAGAAUGCUUGUCCCGUAAAGAAUUAACCCUUGCACUCCGACUUUUCCAGAUAUCGAAAAACUCCGAUUACGUGUUAACUUCUUUUUGAAAAUUAAUAACCAACGAAUACUGAUAUAGGGGUAGGUGACCUCCCACCAGUCGCCUAACUCGGGCCUGUCUAACUACUCCCACUCUUACCGCUUCAGACUUCCCCCACCAUCGAGUAGUGUCAGUAGUGGGGCAGCUAGGAGUAGGGAUACGCGUCGAAUAUUGGAAGAGUGGGGGGAGCCGAGGGCGAGCUGCGUGGUAGGGGAAGGAGCCACGAGUGGCCCGCGGGCCACAGGUUGGACAGGCCUGGCCUAACUCUUUCGUUAGGCCCUUGCCGUAUACUAAAAGCGACUACCUCGUAUUUCAAUUAGGAGGAUACUUUGUGUUUGGAAGGUACACUUGGGGUGCAAAGAGUUAAGGUACCAAGAUUGAAACAGACACAUUCAGGCAGGCGUUACUUUGUUAUUUAUUCCUUCGCGUCUAUUGAAAUGAAACAAACUGUACCGUGUAAAAUUUGCUUAAAAAAACAGAGAACUUAUUCGACUGAUGAACGAACGUUCAUCGUUUUGAUUUGAAUGAAAUAGUGGAUAAAUAGUUGUGAAAUGCAGCCAGUAUCAACGCCUGCUCAGGGACGCGAGUAAUCGAAUAUCAUCUCAUAAUCAGAGCAUUACAAAGAGAAAUCACCUAUCAAUUAGUUCGAUGAGAUAAUCGUUCUUGUUAUAUAGAUAUUUAUUAGCUUGAUAAUAUUUUAUCUAUGUGUAUAAAAAGAAAAAAAAAAAGACAGUAAGAAUACGCUUUGUGAUAUGAAAACAGCGAGGUAAGAAUGCUUCGUUGCGUCAUGGAUUUUAUAAGAAACAAAAGAAAAAGGAACAGAAACAAGAUCGAAAGAAAAUGAUUCUGUUCGUUUUGAAGUGCAAGGAACUUAACAGAGACACAAUGAGAAUGUAAAAUUUUGUACUCCUUAGUUUAGCAAAUUACUCGUUCAGUUCCAAGUUUGAAAAACUUGUAAAAGGCUUCUAAACGCAACGAGAGCUGGUAAUUAUACCACGAGUCUAAAGCUGCACCCUCAGUACACCUUGAAUAGAAAACGAUUAGCGGGUACAUAGUAAAAAUAAUUCUAAUUUCUACUUGUUUUCUCUUUGCAUUUCAAAUUACUUGUCACUUGAGAUUACGUUUUACGAUUGGCAAGAAAGAAAAAUGGAAUAGAUAUAGCGCGACGCGAACGGAUAAUUCGCAAAAGACUAAAACAAACAAAAAAAUAAAUAAAUAAUGGGAAAGUAUAACUCCUCGUCGUACUCGAGCACGAUUACGAAUCAAUAAGAUAUUUUACAAAACAGAUGCUAAACGAAUACGAGAAAUGAAACUGCAUACUUAAUAUAUGUAAUUGAAAGAUUUAUAUAAUACAGUGACUCGUGGAUCAACGUUGAACUACGGCGUACAUAUAUAUAUAAAUAUAUAAAUAUAUAAAUAAACAAAAGGUGAUGGGACAUGAAUUCGAUUCGAUAAAUGAAACUAACCGGGGUAGGGGACAUAUGGAAGAUCAUAGAAUUACAUAUGUUACGAAAUAAACUGAGAUAUAAAUAUAUACAUAUGCAUAUACAGAUGUAUGUACAUAAAUAUACAUAUACGUGUACGUACAUAUAGUACGUGUUUGUAUAGGUAUAUUUAUGUAAACACGUACAUAUACAUAUUAUAUUUAACUAUUGCAAAGUGUUGUUACAUCGCUACUUGUAUCGUAUUUUGUACAAAGUAUCCUUACCUUCAAUUGUUCUUUUUUCUUUCGCCGUGAUAUAAAUAUAUAAAUAUAUAAAUAUAAAUAUAAAUACAAAUAUAAAUAAAAUAAAUAAAUAUAUAUAUAUAUAAAGAAUCCUUAGCAAGGCGAAAGGAAACGUGACAAAACUUCAAAGUCAUUUUGCCAGAAUCAUACUUUGGGAAUCAUUACCAAGAAACUCGUCGUAAUUGUUAUUAAAUAUCGCGGAUAUAUGUAUCUGUUUAGAACCGACAGUUGCCUCUCGUCCGUUCGUGUUGAUUGAGUGUCGACAGAUGCGGCAACAAGCGGCAAAAAUUGUAUGAUUUAUUAAUUAAUUAAUUAAUUAAGAAAAGGGUGUGAAACGCGCGGCCCUCUUUUUUUAAAAAUAAUCCAGUAGAAUUUGUAAUCGCUCAAAGAUCUAGUUUGGAUUUUUAUUUGUAUUUUUUUUUUUACAAUUGUUUCUGUAAACUUAGCGUACGAAAAAUCUCUUAUUGGACCAGGAGUUUGAACCACCCAUCGUAGUACCGUUACCUAAUUUUGCACAAAAUCGUGAAAUUUUUUUUUUCAUUUUAUAGUAUCGAUCACGAUAAAUCGCGUGACGACUUAACGAGCAAGAGUUACAGAGCAAUGUAUACUAUGACUAUGGACCAAACACCUUCUCGAGAGACCAAUUCGGUUAUUGAAAAUGACGAUACGUUUCUCCUGUUUCUGUCGAGACGUUUUAAUACGUUUACUUUAUCUAUGCGUCCCAUAUGACUUCUAGAUAAACGAUUUACAUACGUAAGUACGUAUGUACUAGUGAUGCGCGAUAGUUCGGAAUACAUCGGGCGGGCGUCCGAUUCAUCCGUGCAGUCGGGUAGUUCGACUAUUUCGGAAAAUUAUCUUAAUACAAAAUUUCAUAUAAAGCAGAUUUUGAAAGUAUUAAUAAGUAGAUGAGAGUUAGGUCGCGGACCGCGGCCCGCGGGAGUUCGUUCGAAUCUGCCCGACUGUACGCGACCGGAACCGACCGAACCCGACGGCCGCCCGAGUCCAGCCGAUUCUUUCCGAGCCCUCCCGAGGCCGUAAUAUCGAAUGCCCGCGCAUCCCUAGUACGUAUGUAUCUCCGUUGGUUGAUAAAACUUUUUCGCUUCUUCUUGUUAUUUAUCUUCGUUUCGUUCAUCCGAAUACUAAUUCCUCUACUAAUCUCUACUUGCAAUGAAUUUAUGUAGCGGCUAAAGUUGGUCGUAGGGUAACAGAUAGUGAUGGGUAUUCAAAUGAUCUAUUUCGUAAAUUUUCAAUCGAUUCAUUAAGAAAAUUCUUGAAACUCUUUUAAAUGUAACAACGUGAUAGUAUCGAAAGCCUUAUGAGUCUCGAAAGUUUUUAUAAUAAGACUUUCAAGCAUUCCCAAAACCCGUGUAAACUUUCAAAAAUCUUUCAUUUCAUACGUGUAAUCAGCCCAUCACUAAAGAAUAGAGCUAUGCUUCCUAACUCAGCCGUAGAGAAAAUGUUUCGUUUUAUUAACGAUUGAAAAAUAUAGCGACGAUUCGUAUGUUCGUUAUAUACUCGUAAUCUGUAGGAUAUAUAUAUAUUUGUAUAAUCAGAUUUUCAAUUCUUUACGAACGAAAGAAUUCCGCUAAAUCCACGAAUUGUAAUGCUUGCUCGUCGUGUUCGAUGAUACGCACGAAAUUGCAAGUUCACGGAAGAAUGCGUCGAUCCUGUCCGACCUGUAUUUCGCGCGAACGUCGAGAACUCGAUAGUUUGCCUGAAUCAAAAACCAUGAAAAAAAAAAGAGAAAAAAUGAUAAAAAAGUGACAAAAAUAAUCUGCCCGAACGAAUAAAUAAUAUGCGCUUUCGAUACGAUUCUUUCGACGAUGUUUACCAAACGAUUGAUUCAUCCAUUGGACGUAAAAAUGUAGGGUCGCGUGUAGUUAUCUAUCAGCAGCAGAGAUUCGUGAAAUCGACUUUUAACGAAUUCAAAAAAAAAAAGAGAAAAAAAAAUAAUGAAAAUGGUAUUAUGAAUUCGAUACUGUGCGAACGUUAUAUAUAUAUAUAUAUUAUAUAUUAUAGUACAAUAUUACUAGGAUAUCUAUAAUCUUCCAUUGAUGGUUUUUUCGACAAUUCUACAAUGCAAACGAGAGACGAAUCGUUCUAGCCCUGCUGACUGUAAACGUUCCAAUGGAUCAACUUGUUCCCCCCUCGAUUUUCGCCCCGAAUGAUCCAGGGGCGCUUUGACUCACGGAUAAAUGUCGAAAUUCCUACGAACCUUUGCUGUUAAAACAUAUCUAAUAGGAAACAUUGAUUCAGGCGAUUAAAGGGAAAAGAAUUAAAAAAGAAAAAAACAGAAAAAAAAAGAAAAAAGACUGACGUGACAUUUAAGAUCUACAUGUAUACCUAACACGUUCGCUACCGAUAGUCUGAUCGGGAUCGAUCGACGAGAGAUUAAUCGAUAAAGGUGAGAAAUUAAAAUCGAUGCAAACAGAGAGGGAGGAUGAAUUUUGAUUGAAUCUGAUAAAAAUCGAUAGAACCGUUCAGAUGGUAGCGCACGUGUUAAACCGAUAUAUUACUUAGAGGAUCUGUAAUCGUUCAUCUUUCAUCUCUUAAACGUUUUCGUUUCCUUUUCUUCUCUUUCACCGUUGUUUCAUUAGCGAUUGCAACAAAGCACGUAGUGAAACGGGUUGAAAGCAAUUCGUAAACGGGACGUACACGAGGAGGGAAAGAAAGAAAGAAAGAUAUCAGGAAUCACUGUAAAACGUAGCUGCAUUGAUUAUGUACAGGGUGUUACAAGAACAGAUGUAACCUGAGAAUUCCAGCUGGCAAAGGAAAUCGAUGAAGUUUAUAAGAUCGCAGAAUGGAUUACCUUUGCCAGAAGGAAUAAUAAUUACAGCAGGGCCAUUCCGAGGCAAUACUGUAAGUACCCUUUUCACCGAGGGCAUCUUUUUUUAGAAACAUCCUGUACAGAAGAAAGAGAAACACGUUGGAAAAGUAAGAACUUUCAUCUAUUAUCGUUAGAUGUUAGAUGUAUCGUAAGAAAAACGCAAAUAGUCUUAAUGGAAAAGCAAAGAAAAGUAAAGGCGAGAGAGUAAAAGAAAAAGAACAAAAAAAAAAAAAUAAGAAUCAUCUUCAAGUGUGUCUCGCAACGUCGAAAACUUAAUUUCUGUCUCUUCUCCUUGCGAUCAGACCAAAAAUCUUCUUAGGAGAUAAUAAUUUAAACAGGAACAAUAAACUGACGCAAUGCAACGGUCGAACAAUGAUUAAGAGCUAACGGAUAAAAUAUUUAGAAUCAAAUGUUUUUAUUUAAACGUUCACCGAGAGCGAAGAUACGGCAAAAUAAUAAUUGUAUAAAAAACGUGGCGAUCAAAUCAAGCGCAGACUGAACGUAAAUUAAACGCCGUAAGAAAUUCAAACGAAACGAAGAUCGACGUAUAAAGAAACCAAAAAUAAAAAACAGUGUAAAAGGGGAAAAAAAAACGAGAGAAAAUGAAAUUCUUUUUGAAUAUCCGGAGAUCAUUUCGUUCGUCGUCGACGCUCAUUUUUGUGUAGGUAUCUCACUUGUAUAUUGUCAUUAAUUAUAAAUUUAGUCGUUGAAUGGAUUCGUAUAAAAAAAACUAAAAAAAAAAAUCUUUUGAUACCGCGACAGCUAAUGCAAACACGAAUAGCAAAUGCUGAGGAUGAUACGUAUGCGAACGAAUAUCCUAAAUAAAAAAAAAAAUUAAAAAAUUAAAAAAACGAUCGAGAAUGGAUCAUUGAUCCUUCAUCGGCGAAUGAAAAGACCGUCUGAAGCGUACGAUAAAAUUCUUUUGAUUCGAUCAAGAAAAUACUGGAAUAAUAAAGGUGUUAGGUAUGAAAAACGAAAAUUCUCUUUCAGAAAAGUGUUUUCCACAUCCUAAGGGAAAUAGACGUACACGCGCGUUGUUUCGAUCUAGAUAACGGUUAGCUAAAUAAUACACGAUAUCCCAACAGCUGUUAGCAACGAGCAUUAAUCUCAUACAAGAAUUAAAAAACCCCGUUCGAAAUUGUAGACACUUUGUUCCAUGAAAACACUUUACGGAGAGACAGAAGAAGAAGAAGUAUAAAAGAGAAAGAAUGUGCAUGCGCACGAAUGUAUAUAAUGUAUAAUGAACGAACGUACGAAUGAAUGAAAGACAGGUAGGAAAGGGUCAAAAGAAAAUAGAAAAACAGAAGGUUGAGAAACAAGUAUAAGACGGAACCAGCAAGAGGAUAAACUUUUGAUGAUGUUAGUAGCUAGGCGCCAAUUAAUGUCAUUCUUUCUCUUGCAUCAAUACCCUAAGAUUGUAUAAACCAGAUGGUAGCGCAAAAAGGAAAAAAAAAAUAACAGAAAUCGAUUAUAUACACUCAUACAACUUUUAAUAAUAACAAAUUAUCGCAUCGAUUAAGCAUGUCGAAUCGCCAGCUACGUUUGUUAUCGAGUAAUCUUGCGCUUUGUUUUUUCUAUGGAUCGGUGCAUAACAAUCUACUCCUUGUUAGCCCAACUGAAAUAUCAGCAAAAAAAAACCUGCUACACAGAAGAAAAAAAAAAAAAUCAACAAAAAAUCACAAUGUUAUUAUAAACAAUUAA